AUGACGGCCAACGGAUCCACCAACGGGUCCUUCUCCCACUACCAUGCUGCUACUUCUGCGGAGGCUAUUGACUCCGAGAAGCAGUUUGCUGCUCACAACUACCACCCCCUUCCCAUCGUCUUUGCUCGGGCUCAGGGUACCACCGUGUGGGACCCCGAGGGUCGGGAGUACCUCGACUUCCUCUCGGCCUACUCCGCGGUGAACCAAGGCCACUGCCACCCCAAAUUAGUCGCAGCUCUCGUGGAUCAGGCUUCGCGCGUGACUUUGAGCUCCCGCGCAUUCUACAAUGACGUCUUCCCUCGCUUUGCCCAGUUCGUCACAAGCUACUUUGGCUUUGAUAUGGUCUUGCCCAUGAACACCGGCGCUGAGGCCGUGGAGACCGGUAUCAAGAUUGCCCGUAAAUGGGGCUACAAGGUCAAGGGAAUCCCUGAAAACAAGGCAUUGGUCCUGAGUGCGGAGAACAACUUCCACGGUCGUACGUUCGCCGCCAUUUCCCUAUCUAGUGACCCCGAGUCACGGGAGCACUACGGUCCCUAUCUGCCCGGUAUCGGAUGCACAAUUCCAGGAACUGAAAAGCCCAUCGCGUACAACGAUAAGGUCGCCCUGCGCGAGGCCUUCGAGGCCGCUGGCCCCAACCUUGCUGCCUUCCUCGUUGAGCCCAUCCAAGGUGAGGCCGGUAUCGUCGUCCCCGACCCGGACUAUUUGCAGGAGGCGCGCGCCCUCUGCGAUAAGCACAAUGUGCUUUUGAUUUGCGACGAGAUUCAGACUGGCAUUGCCCGCACGGGUAAGCUGCUGUGCCACGAGUGGAGCGGAAUUAAGCCCGACCUUGUCUUGCUUGGCAAGGCCAUCUCCGGUGGCAUGUACCCUGUCUCUUGCGUAUUGGGCAGCAAGGACGUCAUGCUCACAAUCGAAGCCGGUACCCAUGGUUCGACCUACGGUGGUAACCCACUCGGCUGCGCGGUUGCGAUUCGCGCGCUUGAGGUCGUGCGUGAGGAGAAUAUGGUUGAGCGCGCAGAGAAGCUCGGCCACGUGUUCCGGGAGGGGCUUGCGGCUAUUAAGAGCCCGCUCAUCGAGACCGUCCGCGGAAAGGGUCUGCUCAACGCUAUUGUGAUCGACGAAUCCAAGACAAAUGGUCACUCUGCUUGGGAUCUCUGCAUGUUGAUGAAGAAGAAGGGUCUUCUGGCCAAGCCCACCCACCAGAACAUCAUCCGCCUUGCUCCUCCCCUGGUGAUUACUGAGGCAGAGAUCCAAAAGUCCCUUGAAAUCAUCAAGGCAGCCGUGGAUGAGCUUCCCAACCUCAAGGGAGCUUCCGAGAACCACGUCAUCCCUCCCCCGGAGAAGAAGGUCAAGAUUGGCCUCGAGAACUAA